AUGAGAUCCCCUCUAAUCCCUGAAAUGGCGACACAGGAGGUACAGCUGAACGAGACUCUGGCGCACCUCAAAACGGAGUCGGAUACUCUGAAGACGAAGCUGGAGGAGGAGAGAGCCAAGCUGCACGACGUCGAGCUACAUCAAGUGGCAGAGAAGGUGGAUGGGCUGGGUCAGUUUGUCAUGAAGACCCGAAGAACUCUGAAGGGACAUGGCAACAAAGUUCUGUGUAUGGACUGGUGUAAGGACAAGAGGAGGAUCGUCAGCUCCUCACAGGAUGGAAAGGUGAUUGUAUGGGAUGCUUUCACCACCAACAAGGAGCACGCUGUGACAAUGCCUUGCACCUGGGUGAUGGCCUGCGCCUACGCCCCCUCCGGCUGUGCUGUAGCUUGUGGGGGCCUGGAUAAUAAAUGCUCAGUGUAUCCUCUCUCUCUGGACAAGAAUGAGAACUUGGCUGCCAAGAAGAAGUCGGUGGCCAUGCACACAAACUACCUGUCAGCCUGCAGCUUCACCAACUCAGAUAUGCAGAUCCUGACCUCCAGUGGGGAUGGAACAUGUGCAUUGUGGGACGUUGAGAGCGGGCAGCUGUUGCAGAGUUUCCAUGGACACGCAGCAGACGUGCUCUGUCUGGACCUGGCCCCCUCCGAGACUGGAAACACGUUUGUUUCCGGGGGCUGUGAUAAGAAGGCCAAUGUGUGGGACAUGCGUUCAGGACAGUGUAUUCAGUCCUUUGAAACUCAUGAAUCAGACAUAAAUAGUGUGCGAUACUAUCCCAGUGGAGAUGCAUUUGCAUCUGGCUCAGAUGAUGCUACAUGCCGGCUGUAUGACUUAAGGGCAGACAGAGAAGUGGCUAUUUAUUCCAAGGAGAGCAUCAUAUUUGGGGUCUCCAGUGUUGAUUUCUCUCUCAGUGGACGGUUACUGUUUGGUGGCUACAACGACUACACCAUAAAUGUUUGGGAUGUUCUCAAAGGAACACGGGUCUCUAUUCUGUUUGGACAUGAGAACCGUGUCAGUACGCUGCGUGUUUCUCCAGACGGGACGGCCUUCUGCACGGGUUCCUGGGACCACACUCUGCGGGUCUGGGCCUAAGAAUGAAGACACAGAGGAUAAAAUGGUAGACAGACCUGCUGAAGACACACCAACGUUUCUGUUUGCUAUAGUACAAUCACAGAGAUAGAGACUCAGUUUUGGUUGUACAUAGGGCAUAUCAAUAGCGAUGUAUAUACUCCAGUCUCAUGGCCACGGUAGAUUUACAUAUUUCAGAGAGUAAUUAAACCAAAUGGCACGCUUGUAUUACAGUUUGGUUGAAAGAAAUUUGCACAGAGGUAUUUAUGGUCACAACUUAAUAUGUAAAAUGUAUAUUGCAGAAAAUAACAUUGGUAGUGACUAGCAUCAGUCUAGGAUAGAAGUGACACAAUAAAGUGAUGUGUUGAA